CUGGAAGACAUGACCUCUGAUGAGAUGAUGCACGUGUUUAAGAUCAACACGAUCGGACCGCUGCUCGUGACGCAGCGGUUGUUGAAGGCGGGCGUGUUGGGAACCGCCGGCGUCGGCGAGAGACCCCGGGGCGCGCUGGUCGGAAACGUCACGAGUAAAGUCGGGAGCGUCGACGACAACGGCUCAGGCUCGGGCUACGCGUACCGCGCGUCGAAAGCCGCGCUGAACAUCGUGAACAAGUCCAUGAGCAUCGACCUCGCGGACCGCGGCGUCUUGUGCGAACUGCUGCACCCCGGGUGGGUGCGGACGAGGAUGACGCAGGCGCGUUCUAUAGGGCGAGGGCUCAUCGACGCGGAGGAGAGCGCGCGGGGGCUGAUCGCGGCGAUGGAGGGGAAGUACGGGGAGGUGAACGGUCGCUGGUACGACUACAAGGGCGACGAGAUCCCGUGGUGA